CGUGAAAGCUCGCAAGUGAAACGCCGCCCGCUCGACACGUUCCUCUUUUUCUACGUGCCUUACAUUUCGGGAGUACCACCUGAAUCCGAUACACACGUAGGAGAAAUGCGGACCGUCGCAAGCACGAUUUUCGUGAUCGCCUGUUCAUCGAUCGCGUUGGUGAUCGCGAAACCGGCGCCGGAGCCGCCGGUGAGCUCGUACUUCCCACCCUCCGGUGGGGGUGGUCCCUCCGGUAGCUACGGGCCACCCGCGGACCGUUAUGGACCGCCGCAACAGAAUCCGGUGGUCCACAAGCACGUGUACGUCCACGUACCGCCACCGGAAGCACCCGAGUACAAGGCGCCCAAGCACGUGCCGCAGCCGCAGCCGCCGCAGAAACACUACAAGAUAGUCUUUAUCAAGGCGCCGACGCCGCCUACGCCGACCGCGCCGCAGUUGCCACCGCUGCCGCAGCCGGAUGAGGAGAAGACGUUGAUCUACGUGCUCGUCAAGAAACCGGAAGAGGCGCCCGACGUUGUACUUCCGACGCAGGCGCCGACGCAGCCUAGCAAGCCCGAAGUCUACUUCAUCCGAUACAAAACUCAGAAGGAAUCACAGGGCGGCGAAUACGGUCCACCGGGGCAACAACCGGGACAACCCAUCGAUAGUUAUGGAGCACCACAUCCGGGUCCCAGCGGACCGUAUUAAAUUGGUCGUUAAAUAAAUCGAGAAUCGUGUGUCACGCCGUCCUCGAAACUCGGCCACCUUCAGUCGGGAGACGGUUUCUCUAUCUCUCGGAGACUAUUCUCGAUCACUUUCUUUCUCAUAAUGGACGCGGACGUGAAUCCGGACACCCGGACACUUGGAUCUUAAUAACUGUAGGAGGGUUGUAUAUAUAUCUGUAAUUCUGUAUCUCGUAAGAUAGACCGCAUGGUGUUUAAAGGAUGCUUAAGAGGCGGACGCUUCGUAUUGCCAAGUCUACUCGCGCGCACACGUAGAUGUAUGUACGUGUGCGUGAUCCCCGAAUAACUGGCCGAGUAUCAAGUACGCUCGUGUCCGUCUUAAAAAGAUAUCUUAAAAAGAGAAAUGUGAAACAAAUCAUUUUAUAUGCGAGACGUCGAUGUUUCUUUCGUAUCUUUUAAGAAAAUAAUCGUAAAUAUACACUUUUUAUAUCAA